AUGUCUGCGGACGAUCAAGUAUUCUUGGAUAUUCUAUCUUCCGUACCGAACGAUAUUAAGAAGUAUAGCAACGAUGUUGCGGAUUAUAUUGAAAGACAUAUUGAAAAAGUAGCUGCAUCAAUAAGAGUAUCUCUUGCCUCUGCAGAAUGGAUCCCUCCAUCUGCGCGUCCCAGGCCACCGCCGCCAACUCGCACUUUUGCGGCACCUCAAUCAGUAUACAUCCGAAUUGAGCAAUGGGUAUCAAAGAACAAGCUUCUUACUGGAGCUAUUGUGAUAGUAGUCGGUGGAAUAACGUACCAUGUUAUCAGGAAGAGGUCAAACUACCGUAAGAAGCGGAGAGCCAAGCGUGCCGUGACUGGCGCUAGACAAGAAGUUGUGGUGCUUGCAGGAUCUCCGUCAGAACCAAUUACUAGGUCGAUUUCCUUGGAUUUGGAGCGUAGGGGCUUCAUUGUCUAUGUCGUAUGCAAUACGAUAGAGGACGAAGUUCUAGUGCAGAAUGAAUCUAGGCAGGAUAUCAAGCCUCUAAUGAUCGAUAUUGUUGAUCCGUCAAGUGCUUCCGCCGCAAUCGAUAGAUUUGCAGCACAUCUACGAGCACCACAUUCCCCUUUUCAAGGUGGCAAAACGCAUCAUCUAAUAUUCCGAUCUCUUAUUCUCAUCCCUUCACUUACUUAUCCCUCUUCCCCCAUCGCCACCCUAUCCGCAUCAACACUAUCUGACCUCCUCAAUACUCGUCUUUUGAAUCCCAUCCUUACCCUUCAAAACUUUCUUCCUCUCCUCACGCAGUUGCCAUUUCAUGGAUCAUGCAGCAGCGACAAUGUUCCAAAGCCUUCCAUUCUCGUCCUCACCCCCAACAUUAUACCCUCCCUGUCCCCCGCAUUCCACGCACCCGAGUCGUCCACCACAUCUUUCCUCAAGACCUUCACCCAAAUCCUCACAUCUGAGCUCUCUCCGCUAUCUAUCCCCGUGACCAACCUACAACUUGGAACUUUCGAUUUCUCCUUCUUUGGACCUAAGAAUCAACUCCAAUCAUACCGGGGCCGCUCUCCUCCCGCCAACUCAAAUUGGGACCCAACGUCCCGACACGUAUAUUCACGAAAUUAUGCCGCCAUCAAUUGUUCAAACGUGGGGAUAGCAAUGGGAUGUGGAUCAAUAGGUGGAGGCCACGGGAAAGGAAGCAGUCUCCGAGAACUAAACAACGCAGUCUUUGACGCUAUGGAAAGGAAAAAGGGCGGCAUCAUCAGAGUUGGCAUGGGAAGUAGCGUAUAUGGAUUUAUUGGAGCAUGGGUACCUCGCGGAUUGGUAGCGUGGAUGAUGGGAGUAAGAAAGUUCAAAGCGGAAAGCGCAGAAGACGAUUCUCAUGCGUAUGUCCCGGGAAGUUCAAGUUCGAGUACAUCUAGUUCUGAGGGUAAAGCUUUCACGCCUGAGAGUAGUGAGACGAGUGGGGGGACUGGGUUAGCGGGAAGCGAAUAUAUUUCGAUUAAUGAUAUGGGCAGUAAUUAG